AUUAAUUUAUUAUUUCUUUUUUCCUCUUCUUCUUCUUCUUCAUCAAUUUGUUUUUCCUUUCUUCCAUGGCUUCCUAAGCUUUCCUCUCUCUCUCUCUCUCUACACCUGCAAUUGAUUUCGUCUCUCUCUCUUUUUAAUUAUAGUUUCUCUUAAUCUCCUUGUCUUCAGAAUAGAAACGACAUUGGUGAAUCGUCCUGUAAUUUCAUUAAUCAUAUCGUAAUAUAAUUUUGAACUUAUCCCCGCUUCAAUGAUAAGUUUGUUGUUUACCUGAGUUAAUCUUCCUUCCUUUGGAUGAAGAAGGUUGGUGAUUGCUGCAGCUUGUAAAAAAAGCUGCUUCUUUUGAACUAUGUUUCUAACUUUUACAACAACUAAUCACUCCAAACAUGAGAAGCUGUUGGUUCCUCUUUACUUCAUGCUACAGUCAACAAGAAUCAACCAGUUUAUGCAAACCAGUCUUAAAACUAUAGACACAACAACACACCUAUCAAAGGUGGAGUUUAUCAUCAGAGAUCUAUUGACCAUUCUUUUAUAAUAAUGGAAAGAUAUAAGUUUCUGGAAGAGCUUGGAGAUGGUACAUGUGGCAGUGUAUAUAAGGCUGUCAAUCUUGAAACAUAUGAAGUUGUUGCUGUUAAGAAGAUGAAGCGAAAGUUUUAUUAUUGGGAAGAGUGCAUGAAUCUGCGAGAAGUAAAGGCUCUUCGUAAGCUAAACCAUCCUCACAUCAUAAAGUUGAAGGAGAUUGCGAGGGAACAUAACGAGCUUUUCUUCAUCUUUGAGUGCAUGGAUCACAAUCUAUACCAAAUAAUGAAAGAAAGGGAACAAAGACCUUUCUCUGAGGGAGAGAUAAGAAGUUUCAUGUCUCAGAUGCUUCAAGGCCUCUCCCACAUGCAUAAAAAUGGUUACUUCCAUAGAGACUUGAAACCAGAGAAUUUGUUGGUGACAAACAACAUCCUGAAAAUUGCUGACUUUGGACUGGCUAGAGAAGUUGCAUCUAUGCCUCCUUACACUGAAUAUGUGUCUACUCGUUGGUAUCGAGCUCCAGAAGUUUUGCUGCAGUCUUCCUCAUACACUCCUGCAGUUGACAUGUGGGCAGUGGGGGCAAUAUUAGCUGAGCUUUUCGCCUUUUCUCCCUUAUUUCCUGGUGAAAGUGAGAUAGAUCAAUUAUACAAGAUUUGCUCUGUUCUUGGCAAGCCUGACUGGACUACGUUUCCUGAAGCAAAAAGCAUAUCUCGGAUCAUGAGCAUUAGCCACACCGAGUUUCCUCAAACAAGGAUUGCUGAUCUACUCCCCAAUGCUUCUCCUGAAGCUAUUGAUUUGAUCACUGUGAGUCCUUGUGUUCACUCUUCCUUGAAAGUUAGUAUAUAUUGGUUCUUAUAUCUUUUGAAUCAACAGAGACUUUGCUCAUGGGAUCCAUUGAAACGACCAACUGCUGAUGAGGCGCUAAACCAUCCCUUCUUCAAUAUGGCUACGCAGGCUUCUUAUCCUCUACAUGACCUUGAGUUGAGGCUUAACACCAUGGCGGAGAUGCCUAACCUUGAGCUUAACCUCUGGGACUUCAACACAAAACAAGAUGAAUGUUUUCUCGGCUUGACCCUGGCUGUAAAACCAAGUGCUCCUAAACUAGAAAUGGUCUGCAAUGCAUCUCAGGACAUGAGUGAGAACUUUCUCUUUUGCCCUAUGGUUAACAAUGAUCGUGAACCAUCAGUUUUCUGGUCUCUGCUCUCUCCUGAUGAAAACCGCGUCCACGCACCUGUUGAAUCAUCAUGUCCUCUAUCUCUGUCCUUCAGUCCAGUGCAGCAACACACAAGCGUGGGACCUCCACAACAGUCAACAACAGGGUUCACCAUGGGAUCAUCAAUGCAACCGAACAUGUUGGACCGCCCAUGGAUGGCUGUGUCUGCGCCGUUUCAACAAACUCAUUACCUCUGAUCUUACUUAAUCCAUAAUACCUACUAAGAAAAAGUAAAUAACACAGAGGUUUGUCAGUUAAAAGAAGAUAGAGAAGAAAAAAAACAAACAGAGAGGAGGUUGUAGAUUUUGCCUGUCACCUUAUUAUUCUCUGAUUUGUAAAGAUUGGGGGUGUUUUAGGUGACUUUAAUUUUCUCCCAGAGCUUGAACUUAAAUCAUUAACUAUUUUAUCCAUUCUUGAGAACAGACAAGUCUCCCUUUUGUGUAAUAUAUAUAUUAUAAAUGAGAUAAUUGCUUAUGUUGUCUU